UCAGUGAGAGCCUGAGGCAGGGCUCGAGCCCACAAACUGCGGGAUCAUGACCUGAACCGAACCGAGGUUGGACGCUUAACUGACUGAGCCACCCAGGCGCCGCUGAAUGUCCCCUCCUUUUAACUAUUCCCACACAGGGUGACGCGGGGACGGGAAAGUAAAGGCAUGUAGCUCUCCCCCGAGUGUGGAGGUUGGUCCGCAGUAGCUGAGAGGGGCAAGAGGCUCUCCUGCUUGGAGCCAGGCCCCGAGCUUCUCGGUUUCCUCAUUAAAAGGAGCCAAAGCAUCCCUGCCUGGGUGCUCUCCCUCUCAGGGCUGUUGCAAGAUGAGAUCAGGGAUGUGAAAUGAAGAAGGAUCCCAGCUUGGCUUGGGCCCCAGGAAAUAGUCUUGCGGGGGUGGGCACAGAGAUGAGGAAUUUAGCAGAAGCGACGUUCUCAGGAGGCAAAUCCAGAACUGGCCUUUGGGGGUGGCGCUGGUGGGUGUGGUAAGCACCAUGCUGGGGUGCCAGGGAGUGGGUGGGGGGUGACGAACAGCCUCCUGGGCGUGGAGGUGUGUCUGGUUUUACCCACUACUGGAUCCUUAGCACUUGGGAAUGGCUGGCUCAGAGAAGGGCCAAAUAAAAGUUUUUUGAAUGAAUAAACGAGUGAUAUUAAGUCUAUAUACAGAGGAGAGAGCAGGUAGGAAUAGUCUUGGUGGUCAUGAUGGGUGCUGGGGACAUGGAUGGACAGGAGGGUGUCCGACCCUCUUCCUUCCUGGCCACCUCAGCUCUCCUUGUUCAGGCUCCACGGGCCCAAUGCUCUCCCCAGCUGGAGCAGCCCAGGCCUCCUUGGCAGAUUCCAGAGGCCCCACCCUGGUUCCCAGCCUUCCGAGGCCCCCCUCCCCACCGGGCUCCUGAGGGUGCAGGCCACAGACCCCCUUCCGGGCCUGGUAGAUAUGCUGCGGGUGCCAGGCAUGACCUGCAGGCCUGAGCCAGCCUUUCCGCCCCCUUGUCUGCCCUAGCCCAGGCCUCCUUCACCCUAGGCAAAGUAACAGGUAGACUAGAGAGGCGUGGUCUCCAGGGUUCCUUCAUUCUGACGUCCAGAGGUCUGUGAGAAGCUGAGGACCAACCCACAAUCACUAUCUUUCAGAGAAAGUGAAACCUGGUCCCCAACCGUCACCACGGCGACUCCCCCACCCUGGCUUCCCCUCUGAGCUCACAGCUUCCCCAUCUCCUCCGCCCCCCACACCAUCCCUCAACAGCUAGUACUUGGAAUUAGACUUUCAGCUUUCUUUUUUCCUUCAAAGGACUUUUGCCUUUUAUGUCCAUGACAGCAGCAGCUCUGUGAGCCUGAGCCAGGAAAUACUGUUUGAACCCUCCUUUUACAGGUGGGGCCUCUGAGGCCCAGAGAGGUUAAAUGACUUGCCUCUGGUCACACAGUAUGUCAGCCCGCUUGAGCCCUAACCUCCUGUUUCUCUUGCUUUAAGCACCUGUUUUCCCCCAGAAUUCCCUGUCUGUAAAGAAAGGGCCUACGUGUGGGCAAUGGGUCUGGGAUAAAGAAGGUUGGUUGCAAGGGGUUUGCAUGAUGGGAGAAAGGAGAUGGCUGGGAGCCCCACUGGGGGAUGCAGGUCCUGGGGCCAGAACCACAAUCUCGGGUCUGCCAGCCUGGGUCUGGCUCUGUGCCCAGAGCCCGGUGGUUUCCGCUCACAGAUGUCCCAACAGCCCCAGCAGGAGGGCGGGAAGGGCACUCAAGAAGGAAGAUGUCUCGCUCCCCUCAGUCCCAAACCACAGUGGCUGGUGAGGCUGAUGGCUCCUGGGCCGAGCCUGGCCUGCGGGCCCUCUGAGGCCCCAGUUGGCACACUCUCCCCUCUAUCCUGGGCACAGCUCCCUGCACAUGGCUCGGACCCCCAUGUUCCCUACUCGCCCCAGGAAGGCUGGGGCUGCGGUUUGCAUCAUCCUUGGGCGUGGGGCUGACCUCGAAGAACGAAUUCGAAGAAAACAGGAGGAGGAGCAGGCAUGCCACCGCACCCAGCGCCCAUUGGCCGCCCGUGGAAACUUUGGUUUUUGGGGUCAUGUUCCCAGAAGGCCUGCCCCUCCCCCCCCCCUCCGCUCCCCACCCACCUCACGAGGUGUUGGCCAAUCGCCCUGGCGGGCAUAAAGUGGCUGCUAGCCCGCAGGGCUCCCAGCCAGGAGGUGUCACCCCCAGCAGGCGCCGGCCGGAGCUCGGGCACCCAGCAUGCGGGCACAGCUUAUGCCGAGGACGCUGCUCAGUCUGGUCCUCGGACUCCUGUUCCUGAGUACGCCGGCCAUGGGCAGCUGUUUGGACAACUACCAAGAGCUCCUUGGGCAGCUCCAGAAGCAAGCGGACUUCAUGCAGCACACCAGCAUGCUCCUGGACCCCUAUAUCAGCAUCCAAGGCCUGGACAAGGAUGGUCUGAAGGAGCACUGUCGGGAGCGCCCCGGGGUCUUCCCCAGCAAAGACGCCCUGCAGCGGCUCAGCAGGCAGGAAUUUCUGCAGAUCCUUAACACCACACUGGGCCACGUUCUGCACAGACUGAGAACUUUACAGAAGGACAUCCCCAAAGCCCAGGACUUAGAGAAGCUAAAUAUAGCAAAGUUAAACAUUCGCGGGUUCAAGAACAAUAUCCACUGCAUGGCCCAGCUGCUUCCAGGCUCUUUGGAGAAGACUGAGCCCACUCCGACAGGCCCAGGGGCUUCUCCGUCACCCACCCCCAUCUCAGAUGCCUUUCAGCGCAGGCUGGAGGGCUGCAGGUUCCUGCAUGGCUACCACCGCUUCAUGCACUCAGUGGGUCAGGUAUUCCGAGAGUGGGGGCUGAGCCCGAGUCGGAGCCGGAGACACAGCCCCCGCCGGGGCCUGCGGAAGGGGACCAGCCCCCGCCGGGGCCUGCGGAAGGGGACGCACAGGACGCAUCUCUCCAGCAGGAACAAAAGACUCAUGCCCAGAGGGUGGCUGCCCCGGUAG